CACCCCAUACAAUCCCAUCCCCAUCAUCGCCUUCGCCGACUCGCCCGCGUAACUGCGUUGCCUUGCUUCUCUAUUCUAUCCCCUUCCUCUAUUCUUCAACACUCGAUAGCCCCUUUCUCCAGUCCGACCAGACACGUUCUCUCUCCCUCUCACACUCUCAUACUAUAUAUACAUAUCAGCGCAUAUAAAUGGUGUUUGCUCCAACUCUUUCCCUGUGCUGUCACACCAAGAUUACCUUCGAUGUUGGAAGCAGGCAUAGAAAUAUACUUCGUGAAGGAAAUUCAUCGAAAGCCUGUUUGUUUCUCCACUAUCCGCGGGCUUUAGUCUCCCCGUUCGGUUUAGUUAGCAUCACUUCCAGGCCGUGGCCUUUGAAUAAGCUUAACGUUAAAUCAUCGGCAUCUAAUUCUGGUAGCAGCAGCUUGAGGCAUGGCGCUAGUUCUCGCAGAGUUUACAAGCAGUCUCAAGCUCGAGCUCCGGUUCCUCCAGCCUCAGAUAUUGCUUCCGCCCUUCUCCCUGCCGGUGCAUUUUUUAUUGUGACUUUUGUUUUAUGGAAAUUGGUGGAGAAAAUUCUUGUGCCAGAAUCUUCUAAGCCUCUUGAAGACAACAAUAAACCUGCUCCGGGAGUGAAGUGGGCUUUUGCGCCUGGGACGAAUCUGUUAUCAUCCUUUGGUGCAAAGGUUGAGAGGGAGUCAAAAUUGAGGCUGAAUGAUUUUGCCAAAGAGCUUAGGACAUUCAAUAAUAUUGACAUGUCAGGUCGCAACUUUGGAGAUGAAGGCCUAUUUUUCCUUGCUGAGAGCUUGGCAUAUAAUCAGACUGCUGAAGAAGUGAGCUUUGCUGCUAAUGGGAUUACAGCUGAGGGAAUAAAGGCUUUUGAUGGCAUUUUGCAGUCAAAUGCUGCGCUGAGAUCUCUUAACUUAUCGGGAAAUUCAAUUGGGGAUGAGGGAGUCAAGUGUUUAUGUGACAUUCUGGUGAACAAUACUGGUAUUCAGAAGCUUCAGCUUAGUAGUAGUGCAUUUGGAGAUGAGGGAGCAAAAGCUAUUGCUGAGUUGUUGAAGAAGAAUUCAAACAUACGUAUCAUUGAGCUUAAUAACAAUAUGAUUGACUACACUGGAUUUUCUGGCCUUGCUGGAGCAUUGCUUGAGAAUAGAAGUGUACUGUCAGUAUACCUCAAUGGCAAUUAUGGUGGCCCCCUUGGUGCAGCUGCACUUGCAAAAGGCCUGGAGGGAAAUAAAUCCUUGAGGGAACUUUAUUUGCAAGGGAACUCUAUAGGUGACGAAGGGGUUAUUGCUCUGAUGUCAGGCUUGUCUUCUCAGAAAGGGAAGCUUACUGCGUUGGAUCUUGGAAACAAUUCGAUUAGUGCAAAAGGAGCCUUUCAUGUUGCUGAGUAUAUCAAGAAAAGCAAGAGCUUGGUGUGGAUUAGUCUUUACAUGAAUGAUAUCAGAGAUGAGGGAGCUGAAAAAGUAGCUGAGGCUCUGAAGCAGAAUCGAUCAGUUACAAAUAUCGACUUAGGGGGAAAUGACAUUCAUGCCAAGGGCAUCAGCGAGAUUGCACGGGUUCUGAAAGAUAAUUCUGUCAUCACAGCUUUGGAACUGGGUUACAAUCCCAUCGGGCCUGAUGGUGCAAAGGCUUUAGCAGAUGUUCUUAAAUUUCACGGAAAUAUAAAAGAUCUCAUGCUUGGUUGGUGUCAGAUAGGGGCGAACGGAGCCGAACAUAUUGCAGAUAUGCUGAAAUAUAAUAGUACGAUCUCAAGCCUAGAUCUGCGAGCCAAUGGACUAAGAGACGAAGGUGCCAUCUGCCUUGCUCGCAGCUUGAAGGUGGUUAAUGAAGCCUUGACGUCACUUAACCUUGGGUUCAACGAAAUAAGAGAUGAAGGGGCUUUUGCAAUCGCUCAAGCACUGAAGGCUAACGAGGACGUCCGGCUGGCAUCAUUAAAUCUUAUGAAUAACUUUCUCACCAAACUGGGACAGGUCAGGUUAUUCAGCAGCAGCAGCCCACUUGUAUAUUUGAUUUUGCAAAGCACUCGCUGCCUACUACCCCUAUGAGCGCAGUCUCGGAUGCCAGCGACCAUGUGUACGAGAUGAAUGAGAAGGAGCUGACCGUGGUGUUCUAGACGCAGACUGGAUUAACAAAUAUGGGGGUAUGAGCUUUUUUUAUCCUUCCCUGCCCUGUUACAUACAUUUAACGUGUACAGCAGCAUUUUCCUUCCCAUUAUUUCGGCUGAUUUUGCCGUGAUCCAGUAAAUUACUAUUUUAGAUUGAGGAAGCCCCGCAAAUUUUGGCGCCAAGUGAUCAUCUUAACGUGCGGUGGUGAUGGUGCUGCCGCCGCGGCCGCCGAUCAUACAUUAUUUUCCGAGUUAUUUCGCUUUGUUUCUGGUGAUUGGUUGGGUACCUGCUGCCUGCUUUUGUCUUUUAUUAUUAGUACUAGUAUUAUUUAGGAUGUCUUUUUGUUUUGCUUUUGAACUAUAAUAUAUUGAUUCUUGCUA